UAUUUUACGAGGCCCGCUGCGGUCACUUUUAAAAUGGCCGUCGAUCAGUGAAGUUGUAUACACUUUUUUCGUGUUCCGUGUUUUUCGCUUAAUUUGAUCGUUUAUUUAAAUGUUUUUAUGAAUUUUGGUGAGUUGAAAAGCUAAUCGAAAGCAGCCUGCUAGCAAAGGAUACGAUCGAAAAGGAUUUUGUGCAAACUUUAAGUGGCCGAAACAGUGUUAUUUUCCCCAAAGACAACCCCCGCAUAGCGUCUCUUGCCUCCAGGCAACAACAACACACCCAAAAGAGACGCACUGGAAGCAUAAAAAGCAACAAACAGGUUUUCAUUGUGUACAGACGUGUGUUGCGCUUCCCUCUCGCUCUCGCCCCCUUAAUUUAUGCGCGUGCAGCAGCAGCAACAAAACCAACAACAUGUAUAAAGCAACAUAAGAAACAAGUAAUACAAGAAAAUAAAUCAUUGAGUGUGAGUGUGUGCGUGCAUGUUGGCUGUAAACAGCAGCCAAAGUGGUAAAGUAAAGUCGAGUCGCAAAGAGAAGCGGAUAAUAAGUGGAAAAAGAAGCUGAAGCAAAAGAGUUAGCCAGCUUAGAAGUGACGCGUAGCUACAGGUUUUGCGUUUUCCUUUUUGCCACCAGCUAAUUGCAUUAAAAUAAAACCAACAAGUGUUCUGCUGGGCGUAAAUUAUUGUGUCGCUGUCGCUGACACUGGAAUACUUAUAGCCAGAUGCUGAAGCAGCAGCAAGAGUAACCGCAACAGCAGCAACGACAAUAACACCAGUAAUCAGCACAACUAUCGGCGACAAUGGCAGACAUCGGACAUCAGAAUGCGAGGCGUCAGUGAUUAAAGGCAGUCGGAGAGGCCAGCCAGCCAUCCAACCAGCAAGCUAGGCAGGCAGCCCCAUUGGCACCACCAGCAAAAAGCAGCUGAAUCAUCAGAACUCGUAGGAGCGGAGCAGUGGAGUACUAGAAUCGCGCAUCUACUACGAGACAGCAGAAUGCGCUCCAAGAGCAGACCUUCAUCGGCGGCGAUGUUAAUUAAUUCGAUACCUAUGAUACUGCUGAUCACCUUAUCCGGCUUGACGAUCGUGGCAGGUUGGAUGCCCGACGUGCGGCCUGAUUUGCAAACGAAACAAGACAAAGUAUUAGCCCAUUUUAUAGGCAACUCGACGGACUAUUUCAAGAUUUUGGACCACAACGAUGAAUUUGUUCUAGUUGGUGCCAAGGACGUCAUCUACAAUGUGAGCCUAAAUGGCCUGAAGGAGAUUGCGCGUCUGGAGUGGCACAGCACGGAUGCGGACCGGGAGCUGUGUGCCCUAAAGGGGAAGCACGAGUGGGAUUGCCAUAACUACCUUCGCGUCUAUGCACUGCGUCCCAAUGGCGAGGUGCUGCUCUGCGGCACCAAUUCGUAUAAGCCGCGCUGUCGUCAUUACACGCCGGUGGAAGUGUCAUCCGAGGAGGCCGGCUCUGCUGGUCACGCCCACGCCAUGCGAUACGAAGUCAGCCGAGACGUGGAGGCCCAGGGCUUGUGCCCCUACAGCCCCGCCCACAACAGCACGUACGCCUUCGCGAACGGCCACUUGUACAGCGCCACCGUGGCGGACUUUUCGGGUGGAGAUCCCCUUAUCUACAGGGAGAACCUGCGUACCGAACAAUAUGAUCUCAAGCAACUCAACCAGCCGGACUUUGUUGGUGCCAUCGAGAGAAACGGUUUCGUGCUGUUCUUCUUCCGCGAACUAUCCAUGGAGUUCAUGAACUUUGGCAAGGCCGUCUAUUCGCGGGUCGCCAGGGUUUGCAAGAACGAUAGAGGCGGGCCCUACAGCCACGGCAAGAGCUGGACUUCUUUCCUUAAAGCGCGCCUCAACUGCUCGGUGCCCGGCGAGUUUCCCUUCUAUUUCGACGAAAUCCAGGCCAUUAGUCCGAUUGUGGAAAGCGGAUCCAAGUCGCUGAUUUAUGCAGUCUUCACCACCUCUGUGAACGCUAUUCCCGGCUCGGCCGUAUGUGCCUUCAACGUCGAUGACAUACUGGCUGCCUUUGAUGGAGAGUUCAAGUCGCAGAAGGAUUCACAGUCCCAAUGGCUGCCAGUGGAGCGUGAGCAGGUGCCGAAACCACGCCCAGGCCAGUGUGUAGAGGACUCCAGAACUUUGACCAGCAUAGCGGUUAAUUUCAUUAAGAACCAUCCGUUGAUGGAGGACGCUGUGCCGGCAGUGCACGGUCGUCCGUUGCUGACCAAGGUGAAUCUGCACCAUCGACUCACUGCGAUCGCAGUGCAUCCGCAGGUAAAGUCCCUAAGUGGUGCUUACUACGAUGUUAUAUACAGUGGCACCGACGACGGCAAGGUGACCAAGUUCAUCAAUAUACUGAGCACCCACCCGAACUCAACUGAUCGCCUGAAGACAGUGGUUAUAUCAGAGAUGCAGGUUCUUCCACUUGGAACGCCAAUUAGGGAGUUGGUGAUCUCCACGUCGAAGAACUCGUUGGUAGUGGUUAGCGAUGGCAGCUUGGUUAGCGUGCCCCUCCACCACUGCUCUCAUAUUGUGGACUGUCUGGGCUGUCUGAGUCUCCAGGAUCCCAUUUGCGCCUGGGACUUACAGACACACGAAUGCAAGAACCUGGCUACGAGCCAACACAAGUUCGGAACAAAGACUUAUCUGCAAAGCCUUAACAGCACCAAGAAAGCUGCUGCAUUGCUAUGUCCUCACAUUCCCCGAGAUGGACCUGGUGCGGAGACAGUGAGCUUUGUUACCAUGGCUCCACCGCCAACGGAGGAGCAGAAACUUUUGUACUCCAAUGUGGGCGCUUCGCAGGGCAGUCAACCAAACUUGGAACAACAGCCAACUGGUGGCGAUGACUUUGGGUUGAACAAGAUCACCCUUACGUCGAUGGAUCCCGACGAUAUUAUGCCCAAUUUAAACGAUCCGCAGAAAUCUACAGCCAGUGUAGAUGAAAUCAAACAUGCUUCAUCUCCCAGCUUCAUGCUACUUACAGUUGUCGUUUUCAUUACCUUCCUUAUUGGGGGCAGCGCAGGAAUAUUCUGUGUGAAGGCUAAGAGUCGCCUGAUGGAGGCCCAAAUGGAUGAAAGCCACCGCAAUCAUUUCAGCAAGCCAAUUUCCAACAGGCAAUUUAAACAUCAAAAUACUGGCAAAGAUAUCAAUCUGUUGAUGGGCUCCAAUGCCUACACUACCACACAAAAAACACCUAAUUUGGAUUUAGAAAAGGAUCGCAGUCAUGAGUGCAAAAACUCCACGGAACAUUUGGAAAAAGAGUUGCCUUGCAAAACGUCAACACUGACGAAAGUGAAGCGCACUUACAUCUAGUGGGCUUGCAAUGGCAGCCAACUGCAAAAUUAGUCGAAUUUCUAUACUCUAAAACAUAUUUUCGUUGUUUAUGUUGCUGUUAGUUAUAGUAACCCCCCACCCAAUCCGCAAGUAAUGUAAACGACAGUGUCGGAUGCGUUUGAAACGCAUCCGAAAGAUAGGGAGCAAAAGCUGUUGCAUCUUUUUUACUUAGCUUGUAUUGUAAUUUAGUUUGAUGUAAAAUUUGAGUAAGCUUAGUUUCUUUGGCAAAAUUUAGUUAAAUUUAUUGACAACGUAGUGUGCGGGCUGCCACAACCUGAGCUAACUGAAGCAUUCCGCAUUCCCCUGACGUCGACCUUUGCUGUCCAAAAUAGGAGUGCCUGCUCUUGGCUACGCAGCCCGAAGGUGUCGCCCCUUAUGUGUACUCUUAAUGUGUAAUCUAUAAGUGCAAAUAUUAGAGCUGUACAAAUUUACUCACAUAUCGAAAUCAAACCCGAACAGGAGCAGCCCGAAUUAUUUCUCGAAAUUCAAUUGAAUAUUCAACAAGUAUUUUGUUAGACUGAAUGAUUCAUUUUUCUAUAUGAGUUUUUUUGUGGAGAACUAACAGAAUGCGACAUAGACUUUAAAGCUCUAUGCUUUGUGGCUAACAAAAGCGUAAAAUUGUAUCUAACAUAAGCUCAAUAAGGAAUUGAACGUAGAAUGUAAUUAAAAGUACGAACUAGGCUAAGGAAAAAACAAAACUUUUAUGAGGCUGUUUGAUAUGAACUGACACCGCAGCCCCCACAUCAUCAUGAUGAAAAUACGCACAAGAAAGCAAAAAAUAAAUGAACACACUGCAACAACAGCAAGCCUUAUAAAUAGUAUAAUAUCGUGUCGAAUCUAGGCCUUAACGCUAAUCUUGUAAGCUUUGCAUGAAAAUAUUGAGCUUGGCAAUGAACGUAAAUCAGCAUUUUAAUAAUUUUAUGUUUACUUUUAAGCUGUUGUCCGUCCCACUAAAGAAGUUGCAUAAUACAAUGUACAAUGGCAAUUAUAUUUUUAAAACGUGUAAAAUGCAAUUUUCAUCGUAAUUAAUAUAUUUUUAUACGUAUGUCUACGCUAAUGUCGAAACUUUAACAUAAGAAGGUCUUAAUAAUGGAAAAUACCGAAAAAAGCUAUACAUAUAAUAUUUUUAUAUCUUACAAAAAAAAAGGUAAUAAUGAUAAAUUUCUCAUAUUGUGAUAGAUUUUAUUGAAAUUUUAGAAAGAUGAAAUGAUAUGCCUUUUGGUUGAAAAACAAUGAUAUAUAUGACGAAAGAGUCUGAUUGCAUGCAUGAUAAUAUUGUGUAGGAAAGGGUCUUCCGCUUGGAGGAUCAAGAACCAGAGAACCCACCAUGGUGUUUAGUUUUUAUUACAGUGUAUGUCUUGUAAUGUGUAUAUUGUUGUAUACAUCCGAUAAGCAAUUCGUGAAUCUAAUAAAGUCGUCAUUUUUUUCAUAACUCAAA